UGAGUAUGUGAGGGUAAGUUAUUUGUUUUACCUCAGACCUGCUUCACUCCUGCAGACUGUCGGCUGUGAAUAUGGCGACUGUUUGGAGGAAUGCGCUCGUACUUGUUUUUGUGCACCUUGUAGUGUCUCAAACACGCUUUCGAUGUGGCGAACCACCAAAAUACCCUGAUAAACAGCUGGACAUUAAAUAUAUCUACAGGCCAGUAUUCAACCAUCAAGAUAAAGUGUCUUAUAGAUGUCAUCGGGGUCACGUGCCAUCAGAAGGAAACCGCAUGUCAUUCUGUAUGAGAGGACGCUGGACACCCUUGACCCUGAAAUGCCAAAAGGUCAAAUGCAACGGGUUGGCAGACAUCAAGAACGGGCAGUACAGACGAGAAGGACAGUCAUACGGAGAUAAAGCCAUUGUUAUCUGUAAUCAAGGAUAUGUUUUAAAAGGAGUAAAGUUCCGCAUGUGUCUGGAAAAAGGCUGGAGUGGUACUGAUCCCGUCUGUCUGGCACCACAAGUUACUUGUUCAGCACCUGCUGUGGAAAACAGAUGGAUUAAACCUGGAGAAAGGACACAAUACACACCGCAAGACACUAUGAGCAUCACCUGCAGUGAAGGGUUUGAUCUGAUUGGCUCCUCAGUGGUCACAUGUGGACCAAACGGCCAAUGGCGGGACUUGCCGGAGUGUCAUCGUAAAGUGCCAAAGAUGACCUGUUCAGCACCUGCUGUGGAAAACAGAUCUAUAAAACCUGGAGAAAGGACACAAUAUACGCCGCAAGACACUGUGAGCAUCACCUGCAGUGAAGGGUUUGAUCUGAUUGGUUCAUCUUUAGUUACAUGUGGACCAGACGGCCAAUGGCGGGACUUGCCAAAGUGUCACCGUAAAGUAAUCCUCUGCUCUGCACCCGCUGUGGCAAACGGAAGAAUCAAUGCAUUCGGCAACCAGCACAAACCCAGAGACACUGUGAGCAUCACCUGCAGCGAGGGCUUUGAACUGAUUGGCUCACCGCAGGUCACAUGUGGACCAGAUGGCCAAUGGCAAAGCUUGCCAGAGUGUCACCCUAAAAGACGUUCAGCUAACGUAAUCUUCUGCUCUGCACCCGUUGUGGCAAACGGAAGAAUCAAUGCAUUCGGCAACCAGCACAAACCCAAAGACACUGUGAGCAUCACCUGCAGCGAGGGCUUUGAACUGAUUGGUUCAUCGCAGGUCACAUGUGGACCAGACGGCCAAUGGCAAGGCUUGCCUGAGUGUCGCCCUAAAAAACAUUUAGUUAAUGUAAACCUCUGCUCUGCACCCGCUGUGGCAAAUGGAAGAAUCAAUGAAUUUGGCAACACGUUCAAACCCAAAGACACUGUGAGCAUCAUCUGCAGCGAGGGCUUUGAUCUGAUUGGCUCACCGCAGGUCACAUGUGGACCAGACGGCCAAUGGCAAAGCUUGCCCGAGUGUCACCCUAAAACACGUUUAGCUAACGGUAAAUGUGGUCCACCUCCAUCAUAUCUCCAUCACAAUGUGUUCUUCAGAGAAGGGACGCCCUCAUUGGCUGAGUACUCAUCCGGUGCUCGUAUUCGGUAUAAAUGUAAUCUAGGACUUCGCCGAGCCUCUGGAAGUGACAUCAUACGCUGUCAGGGUGGAGAGUGGACAAAAUUGGCACUCCGAUGUCAGCGGAAAAGCUGUGGUUCUGCUGGAGAGAUUUCCUUCGGCCGCUUUCAGUACAGCGGAGUGUUAUUCGGAGAUUCAGCUAGAGCCAUCUGUCAGGAAGGGUAUGAGCUGAUUGGCCCAGAGGAGCGAGUCUGUCGGGAUGGAGGAUGGGAUGGAAGGAUCCCUGUGUGUGAACCUGUUUAUUGUCCUCCUCCACCUGAGGUCAAAGAUGCAGAGGUUUCAGACUUCAGGAAUGAAGAUGUUCCUGUCGGGCACAUGGUGUCGUAUCGCUGUCAGACUGGAGCUCUGAUCGGGACCCAAGAUUUAUACUGUACCACCAACGGCACCUGGAGCGGCCCUGCUCCUCUCUGCAAGGACAUCAGCUGUCCUCGUCCUGACAUUCCUCGUGGAUCCAGAAUGAGGGGCUUCAGGUCAGUCUAUAAGUACGGGAACACCGUCACCAUCGCUUGCAGUCCUGGAUUACGACUCUACGGGGAAAGUUUCGUCACUUGUGGAGCUGACGGAAACUGGACACCCAAACUACCAGAGUGUCGGAGAUAAAAUGCAAACCAAUAAUACACAAGACAGCCAUCCGCAAGUCAGAAUAAAGCUUUUCCUAUGCUGUAGCUCAUUCCAACACUAUAAAAACACUAAAUGGUAUUUACACAUUAUUUAUUGGCACAAAGUAACUAUUUUCUGAAAGUAUUUUUAUAUGUAUUUUUCUGUUAAAGGGUUAGUUCACGCAGGAAUGAAAAUAAGCUCAUUAUUUACUCAUCCUCAAGGCAUCCUAGGACUUUCUUAAGAAAAUUACUAACUAGUUACUGUAAUAAAUUACAUUUCUCCUGAAAAAAAAGUACUUUCAAAGAAUUACAUUUAGUUAUUAGGUCAUUUUAUUACUGUUACUUACAGUGCCUUUGCUUUAAAUGCUAUCCCAAAAUGUAAUAGUUCUAUAUAAAUCAUAUUAGAGAGGUAAAUGUUUUUUCUUUUUUGGUUAUACAAUUACAUUGGGUAAAAUAAGUAUGGAACACGUCAUGUUUUUUUCCAGAAAUAAUAUCACUAAAGGAGCUGUUGAGAUGGAAUUUAACCAGAUUUCAAGAUAACCCGAACACUUCAAACAUAAAAAUAAUACAUCGAACCGAACAAAUCUGAAAAACGUGCUUUGUGUAAUAAUGAAGUGAUAUGAGAAAGGGCUGAACUACUGUGUUUAAUACUUUUUAUUAGGCUAUUAAGGCUUUUUUUUUUUUUUUGGAGCUGCUGCUUAAAGACACUUUUCAUUUGGAGAAUAAAGUCACAUACUUUGCUCA